AUGCUGCGGGUGUACGUACACCUCAAUCAAUAUGAGAAGCAGCAGCUGCCGCUGCUUCGCUUAUCUGCUGGGACUUCCGCUUACCCCUCGACGCCUCCUACAAGCAGCAGUAGCAAGGAGCAGCAGCAGCUGCUGCUGCAGCAGCAGGUUGAGCUGGAAGGCAGCAGCAAGUGCUCAUCCGCUUCUGCAUGCACACCUCCACAGCAGCAGCAGCAGCCGCAGCAGCAGCAGCAGCAGCAGUUGGUGGUUACCGAGGACUCCUUUUGGGUUCGCGCAGCGAGGCGGGCUCGCUGCACAAACAGUUCCAAUCUGCUGCUGCCUCCCACCAGCAGCAGCAGCAGCAGCAACGGCAACAGCAGCAGCAGCAGCAGCAGCAAGAAGGUCGGCGUGCUGCAGCUACACAACAGCAAUAUUUGGGAAGACAUCAAGACACUUCGUUUGCUGCUGCAGGAGCAGCAGCAGCAGCAGCAGCAGCCGUCCAACAGCAGCAGCAGAAGCAGCAGCAGCAGAGAUCAGGAAUGUACAGACACAGAGUUACUAGAACUCGAGAGGGAGGAAGAUGCUGCUGCAGCAGAAUUGGCACAGUUGCUGCUGCAGGAAGCUGAUACAAUUGAUGCAGCAGCAGCAGCAGCAGCACAACCAACACAGCAGCAGCAGCAGCAGCAGCAGCAGCAGCAAUCUGCUGCCAGCAAGAAACCCAGAGGCCAAUUAGAAAACAAACCAGAUGAAAUGACGCUGGAGGCAGACAACCGCAAGCGGGCGUUACUCGCGCUGAGGCAGAUGCUGCAGCAGCAGCAAGAGCAGCAGCAGCAGCAGCAGCUACAUGCUGCUGCAGGAGCACAAAUGGGCAACAAAGACCGCAGCGAGAAAAUUAGGACUUAUAACUUCCCUGCAGAUUGCGUCAAGGAUCACAGGUGUAAUCGUACUAUCCCUAAUGUACACGCUUUCUUACAAGAAGCAGAGGGGCUGCCGCUGCUGCUGCAGGAGCUGUAUGCGCAGCAGCAGCAGCAGAAGCUAGCAAAGGUUGUUGAUGCACUGCAGCAGCUGCUGCAGAGGCAGCAAUGA